GCUCGAGUCCAGUUCAGCUCGCGACCCUGCGGUUACGGUGCCACGUGCACAGACGAAACGACAACUCGGGAUGUUAUUGUGAAUCACAAGGCACAAGGCACAAGGCACAUUCACUCAUAUUCAGGAUAAUUAUCAUCGUUGCUGUUAUUCAUUACUUUCUUGUCUUGGAGUCUUUUGUUCCCCCGUUGGAUAACAGCGCGCGCGCGCGGCACUAUGUCUGGGAGCUCGCGCUCGGGUUUGGAGCUGCGCGCUGUGCUGCUGCUGCUGCUGCUGAGCGGCGGUACAGAAGUAGCGCGCGCGUUCGGUACAGGCGGCGCGGAGGAGGAGGAGUCGGACUCCGCGUGCGAACCGAUCCGCAUGUCCAUGUGCCGUGACCUGGGCUACAACGUCACGCGCAUGCCGAACCUGGUUGGCAACGUACUGCAGGCAGACGCCGAGUUACAGCUGUCCACUUUCACCCCACUGAUCCAGUACGGCUGCGCAAAACAGCUGCGGUUCUUCCUGUGUUCAGUCUACGCACCGAUGUGUACGGAGAAGGUUCCGGAGCUGAUUGGUCCAUGUGGCAGCAUGUGUCUGUCCGUGCAGAGGAAAUGUUUGCCUGUGCUGCAGGAGUUUGGUUUCUCGUGGCCUGACCUGCUGAACUGCAGCUUGUUCCCACCCACGAAUGAUCACGCCCACAUGUGCAUGGAGGGUCCGGGUGAGGAGGACGAGGACGACGUCCGGUUUCCAUCUGUGCGCACGCUGCGGCCGCGCCACGGGUUUGACGCUGAGUGCAUCCCUCUUGACCAUGACCCUGGUGAUGACCCCGCUCCCCCAGACCGCUAUGUGUGGUCAAAGCGCAGCAGUUCCUGUGUGCUGCAGUGUGGCUACGACUCCGGAUUAUACAGCCGGUCUGCCAAGACAUUUGCAGAUGCCUGGAUGGCACUGUGGGCGGGGCUUUGCUUCGUCUCCACCUCCUUCACGGUGUUGACAUUCCUGCUGGACUCAGGACGGUUCUCCUACCCAGAGCGUCCCAUUGCUUUUCUGAGCAUGUGCUACAACGCGUACAGUGCCGCCUUUCUGGUGUUGCUAGCAGCUGGACGUGAGCGUGUGUCAUGUGAUGCUGAUGAGGCUGCUGUCCCUGUCCUAGCAAGGGAUGGUUUGAAAAACUCGGGCUGUGCUGUGGUCUUCUUGUUAGCUUACUUUUUUGGUAUGGCAAGCUCUGUAUGGUGGGUGAUCCUCACACUAACUUGGUUCCUAGCAGCAGGACUUAAGUGGGGACACGAGGCCAUCGAGAUGCACAGCUCCUACUUCCACGUGGCGGCGUGGGCCAUCCCGGCCAUUAAAACCAUAGUGGUGCUUGUCAUGCGCCUGGUUGAUGCAGAUGACCUCACCGGCCUUUGCUACGUCGGCAACCAGAACCUGGAGGCACUCACCGGUUUCGUAGUGGCACCUCUGUUUACUUAUCUGGCAGUGGGGACGCUGUUUAUUGCCGCCGGACUUGUCUCGCUGUUUAAGAUACGGUCCAACUUGCAGAAGGAUGGCGCCAAGACUGACAAACUGGAGCGCCUUAUGGUGAAGAUAGGUGUCUUUUCCGUACUCUACACUGUCCCAGCAUCCUGUGUUGUGGCGUGCUAUUUCUACCGCAUCUCAAAUUGGUCUGACUUUCAGCAAGCACCGAGUGACUCGUACGCCGCUGCUGAGAUGCUCAGGAUCUUCAUGUCCUUGCUGGUGGGAGUAACCUGUGGCAUGUGGGUGUGGUCUGCCAAGACACUGCAGACCUGGAAACGUCGCUGGAUACGCCUACUCUGCCCACAGAGCAACACACAACGGACUCCCACCAACAAAAACAGCAACGGUAAAGGGAAUGAGACUGUAGUGUGAGGCCGUGAGACACGACGUGACAUGGACAGAGCGACAUCUAGUGGACACUUGCUGUCAAUGUGCCUCUUACUGCAUCGCUGUUCUCUCUGGACAAGUUUUUUAUUCUUACACUGGACAAUAUGGCGCAGUAGAAAAAGUGCAGGAAGAUGCAAUAGGAAGUUGUAUCCUGACAGGAAACCAAGAGGUGGCAGGAAGUAGCAGUGCUGCUUCCCCGGUUCGCAGUCACCGGACAACGAUCUGAACUGAAGUGCCUUGUCUUCUCAGACCUCCUGCCACUCCUCACAUUGUGGUAGGUUUUAUCUACAAUGCAGCAAAGACACCUGGGAAAUAGAGCGGAGUUUUUCCUCUCCUCAGUAAACAGCAACAUUUACCUCGCAUCAAGACCACAGCCAUCAAUCUCCUGCAAUUGGAUUCUAAAAGCCUGGUUUAGCAUUCGACUCGCUGUAUGUAAAAUGGAGUCCUACUCACCAGCUCCUCAGCCAUUAGCACCAUGUAGCACUGAUCUGUGAACCAGACGUUCAGAAGUGGUUCGGUUUCGUUACAGCUCACUCUAAUGUGGAUGUAUCCUCAACCCUGCACUAUGUUCACUAUAUAGUUCACAUACACCAGCAACACUAUCAUUUGCAUGCAGUGCAUUAUGGGACAUUGUGUCCUCCAUUAUUCUCUCCUACAUUAUAUCCCCUUUUGUUGUUUCCUGUGAAACAAAUAACCAGAAUCCACAUUUUAAAUCUGGAUGGGUUAUUACUGAAUAUUUUUAAGUACCUGAUUUUAAGGCUAUUUAUUUACUGAUGAGUUUAACCUUGUGUAGGGAAAACUUCAGAAAACUGUCCCAUAGAAACUAAAAUGCAAAAUGCGUCAUGAAAAAAAACUAACGUGUGUUUUGAUAGGACAAAAAAACAACAACAGCGAAUUCGGAAGAUCCUCGAAAAAUCCUCAAUUAGGACUUUUUAUGCCUUGGUAUGAAAAGCAUCAUAAAUGAAAAAUUGCUACUGUGCUAAAAUAUUCCCCAAAGGUUUCAGUGAGACCCAGGAGACUCCGUCAGUUAGGAAACUUUAACACUAAUGCAGUAUUGGGUUUUUUUUUCUCUUGAUAAUCACUGUUUUUGUUACAGGAAAUGAAAGUGCGUUUGUGGGCACGAAGAACUGACGCUAAUCGAAUAUUUAAUGGUCUGUCAGCAUGCUCAUGUACUUCAGCUCUUACUCUAUGUGGUUCCUCAUUUCAUGUGGCUAGGUUUAUUUUGAAUGCUUCUCAGAGGAAACGGACGGUUUUCACAAUGUCAGAUUUUUGUGCCACAGGAAGAAGCUUUCACAGUCUACUUUAAAGAAGGAGAAAAAAAUGCAGAGAUUAAAAGCCAAGUAGAAUCAAACUAAACAAAUGAAAACUGCAGAGGUAUCAGAGAUACAGGCUGAAGUAUUGGCACAAGUGGAGAAUUAACUAGAAGCUAAUCUAACAGACUCUAACGCUUACCUCAAGUGUGUCUGGCUCUGCUAGCAUGUAGGUCUGAAGAGAACUUGACUGUUGACACUAAACAAAAAAAAGUCAUCGUUCUCAAUCUGAUUUUCCUACAAAUGCAGUUAGCUAACUUCAGAAAAAGGACACUUUGUUCUGUGACAAAGCAUUUACUUUUUUCGAGACACAAAGUUUAGAGUUAGCAUCAUAUCCAAAAUUGAGGUAAAAUAAAUUUUAGCGUACAUCUUGGAUGCACUACGCAAUCAUGGCUGCUUAAUGAUCCCGCAACACAAACAGUGCUAACUAGAGUUUGUUCGAGAGCUAAAUUAAAAUGACAACAUCUGCGUUUGCUAGCUAGCAUAACUAGCGAAGGAAACAAUGCUUAACUUUCUCAUUAAACAUUAAAAGUAUCUUCCGACAGGUUUCAGGGAUUGGGUUGUUGGUUGUUUUUUUUUUUUGACUAUCCUGACCACAUUAUGCUGUUCCGUUAUUAAUUAGGAUUAAAAAGCAAAUCUCAGCGAGACUGGAGACUGGUGUUCUAGACUAGAACAUUUCAGGCUUAGCCUUCCAAUCCAGGUUAAAGCACUGUUCUCCAGUGUGCUUCUAGAACAUGUGACUAGAAAAUGACAACACUCCCUAAAUAAUGCACUAUGUAGUGAAAAGAUGUGGACUUUCUAGAACUUUCCUGGUCUUAAACAUUUAGGGUGAACUUAUGACAGACUGGUGAAGUCAUGAUAGAACAAAUGUCCUCCUGGGCAAGCGUCUCACACACACACACACACACACACACAAUGUAAAAUGCAAGACAAUCGCUGAAGUGAAUGUAUGAAUGUUUGUCAUGUUGCAAACUUUUACUAAAGUGCCUCAGACACACACACACAUUUGUUUAGAAGGCUGUCGAGUACUUCUAGAUUAUUGUGUGUUGGGUAUUUUUGUAGCUUUUAAUUUUGUUGUAAUAUUGUAAAAUGCUAAUUUAUCUUUGUAAAAACAUCAGCAAAAUAUAAAACAGGUUUGUUAUUUAAAUGAUUUUGUAUGGAAUUAAACUCUGGUUUUCUGACA